CUCGCUUCUUAAUUUCUUUUCUUUGGCCAGAAAAUCCGCCAUCGUUCGCAAGUCGCAACUGAAAAUGGAAGAAGACAAAGCCGCGGCUUACUACGACGAGCUCAGCCGUAAGGGCGGAGGUGCCGCUCGCUUCAAACAGGGGCUCGGCUUCUCUGCCGCCCCCGACGACGAUCAUCCUGCUCCUUCAAGAGGCUCCGCGCUUCCUACAUCUUCUUCAUUUCUCAGCAACUUCGUCAGAGCCUCCAGCCCCGCCCAAUCCUCCAAGCUCGAGAAGGAAGCGCAGCUCCAAUCAGUUCAGAACAAGUUGAAAAAGACUUCUAAUAAGGAAGAGCCAUUGUUGGCUAGGGAUUCGGACAGGAGUACCAGAGUCAGAGAGUCGAGCUCGAGCCAUCGGCGUCGGUCCAGGAGUAGAGAGAAGGAUAGUCGAAGAGAUGGAGAUCGACAUUCCAGGAGACGAAGUAGGAGUAGAAGCAGAAGCAGGGAACGGUAUCGGGACAGAGACAGGUACAGAGAGAGGCGGAAUAGGAAAAGGAGUAGAAGCCGGAGCCGUUCACCGCGGAAGGAGAGGAGAUCUGAGAGACGGAGUCGGAGCCGAAGUUUUUCGCCUCAUCGGGAGGGGAGGAGGUCGGAGAAGAGCAGACGAGAAGACGUUGCAAGGGAUGGAAAAGGGAAGGAGAAGAAUGUUGCUGUAGACUAUUCUCGGUUGAUUGAAGGUUAUGACAAAAUGACACAGGCUGAAAGAGUGAAAGCACGAAUGAAGUUCCAGCUUAGUGACACUGCUGAAAAGGAUACAAAAAAAGGCAGCUCAGGUUGGGAGAGGUUUGAGUUUGACCAAGAUGCUCCCCUUGAUGAUGAAGAAGUUGAAGCUGCGGAGGAUGAUACAGCAUUAGUCAAGCACAUUGGUCAGAGCUUUCGAUUCUCUGCCGUGGAGGCAAAAAGGGAGGAGCGGAUUAAAACUGCUCAUGAUGAAGCCAUGUUUGGAGCUCCUCUUCCAGUUUCCUUUGAUUCAGACAGUGACCCUCUGUUGGAGGAGAAGAAAAAGGAGAUGAAUAAACCUGAACUUUCCACUAGUCUCUUGAGCGAGAAGGUGCUUGCAAAACAACAAGGUUCUUGGCGUGAUCGUGCUGGGAAGCUAAAAACAGAGAAUUAAGCGAACCAAUUCAGCGAUGUGGAGCGAGGGGACACGUAUCAGUCACAAGUCACUGCCGCUGAAGUUAAAAUGUCAAGAGUCUCAGUUGACAAGUCGGAAUCUUUGUAGCAGCGGCCUCAAUGCUUCCUUGCACCAGAGUAGACUUUCACUUAAAACUCGAGUCCAGUAUCUGUUGUAUUAGGUAUGUAUGAUGAGUCCAGCCUCCAAUUUUCUCAUUGUAUAUAUAGAACUAUGGAGGUUCCGUAGAAAGCUGAUUAUUGCCCAAUGGUCCUAGUCAAAAGUUUGGCGUCUCCAGUGCACCAAUCUUGUUAUGGGAGCAAGGGGACCUUUUUCUUGUUUUUCUUUAUAUGGUCUAGAAAUUAUCCACGGCAAUCUUCACUUGUGCAUGAGAUUUUAGUUGUUGCGUAAGAACUAAGAAUACAAAUUUAAAACAGAGGCAAUUUUUACAGCUG